CAGUGUCUUCUCUGAAAGAUCAUAUAACCUGGACAGGCAUCUGAAGAAAACUCCUCCGUGUGCUGUUUUCCACUCAGAGCAGUUUACCUGGUGACUUCUGGCAGAAGUUAUUCCACAUGGACUACUUCGUUUUCUGCAGUCAGAACUAACCUUGAAUCCACCAGAAGGGAUAGUAGCAGGUCCUAUGAACGAAGAGAACUUCUUUGAGUGGGAAGCUCUGAUUAUGUUGUUGAUGCAGUCUUAACUCUAAGGAAUCUUUGACCAUUUGCCUUAGAAAUUUUAUGUCCUUUCUGGCAUGGAGACUGUGUUUGUGGAUUGGGAGGUGGAAGGGUCCUGAAGACACCUGUUUUGAGUACGGUGUUUUCCCUGCUAUUCUGAGCUUUCCACUCGACUAUCCGCUAAGUCCUCCGAAGAUGAGGUUCACGUGUGAGAUGUUCCAUCCAAACAUGCUGCCUCUUCACGCUCUCUCUGGCCUCAUUAUCAAGGCAAAGGAGGCCUUUCCAGUGUGUGAGAAGACUUGCACUGAUGCAGAUGCUUUGCUGAUGUUAAAGUUUACCCAGAUGGGAGAGUUUGCAUCUCUAUUCUCCAUGCUCCUGGCGACGAUCCCAUGGGAUAUGAGAGCAGCGCUGAGAGGUGGAGUCCUGUGCAGAGCGUUGAAAAGAUCCUGUUGUCAGUCGUUAGUAUGCUGGCAGAGCCAAACGAUGAAAGUGGAGCCAAUGUAGAUGCCUCCAAGAUGUGGCGGGAAGACAGAGAACAAUUUAACAAAAUUGCCAAGCAGAUUGUGCAGAAGUCACUUGGACUUUAAGCUCCCAAAGAGACUGCAAUGUUUUGUAUUUCUCUCCACCUGAGAAAGAGCAGUGCUCAGUGCUGGUACCAAAAAGGCAAACUUUUCAAAACUAUUGGCCUAGUUCUUCUUGUUCAUCCUGUGUUUACCAUCUUUUUUUCUGCUUCCACUGCUUCAGAGAAGCCUCUAGUUCACUCACUAAAUUGUGUGGCAAAGGGAUUUAUUACUAGCAAAAAAUAUGGGAGCAAUUCUGUUUCAAAGGCUGUUUGUUGCUACCUCACUUCGUGGUAUGGGAAGCUUGGAGACUUUGCAAUCUAGAGCCCACUUCAGUCAAUCUGCUAUUCGAGAACAGAACUGUUUUAGAUCAUCUGCUGGAAGAAUUAGUUUUACAUUUGUAAAGGCAACAUUGCAGCUGGAGCACCAGUAGAUGGAAAAUAAUUCUACAGAUUUUACAAUGCUAGGAAAGUUAGAGAUGGCAUUUGCAAUCAGAACUGAUUUGAAGAGUUAGAUUAGCAAGAGAGGCUGUAAAACAAAGAUAUAAUCAGAAUGGUUUAGUGUAGAAAGUGAUUCUGCACCGUGUAAAUUUAAGAGAAGAUCUAGAUCGUUGUUGCCAGUGACUGGCUAGUGGUCUAGAAUAGGCUGGUAUUCCCAUAUUACACUGUGAAUCCAUACUGAGCCUUUGAGUCAGUGUUUGCUUAGAAGUCCCCAAAGCUGCUGUAUUAUUCCAUAAAGACACUCACUAUAACCUUUGGUUGCAAUUAGAUGUGCAAUAUGCAAAGACUGGAUUCUUAAACACUUUGGUCACGUCCACCGUGGGCUAGAUCAUCUGCAUCCUGAAAAUCCAGUGAGAAAGUGUUCACACUUUUGGGAAUCGCCACAGGAUAUUGAGAACAUCUAGGCACUGAUGACCUUUUUCAGGUGAAUGAGCAAAGACUAGCUUGAUGGAUUUUAAAUUAACCAUAACACACUUUAUGAUGACGGCCCUUGCGUAUGUAAAUUGGAGUCGGAGAAAAUCUCAAUUCUGCUUUCUAGAGGAUGAAAAGAUGCACACUUAAAACUGCAGAAUACUGCAGCCGACUUGUGGUAUGUACGACGGUGAGGUUUACCAGCUGCAGUGAUCAGUUUGCAAAACCGCUUUGGGGCCCCUGGUGACCUUUGUGCUUUGCAAGUGAAUCUUUUGUCUGGGUCCAAAUCUUCUCCAGUGUAUUGCAAGCAGUGGCACACAUGCUGAUAGCACAUGGAAUCAAAUUUUGUUGGCUACCUGAAACUGGCUAAAUUUGAGAAGGGCUUUCUUUUUCGACAAAAAGCACGCGAAGGAGUCGUACUGUGGAGAAAGCUUUACAGAGAUGCUCGUGUGCGUGUGUAGAACUUACCAGUAUUUGGCUCGCUAUCCAUGCUGCAUACUCACGUGCUGCAGAUCACAGUAUACCAUCUUUCAGUAUCUCUGAAGAGUUUGUAUUGCUCUAACUUGCUGAGUUUACCUCCGUGUGCAAGUAAUUCUAGCUUUGGUGCAAGAGUCGGGGUGGGGGGACCCAGCAUAAUUUGGGAGCAGAGAGAUUAUGAAAUAGUAUUGUACCUAACUAGUAUUUCAAGACCUUCAGGAAAAUGUAGCAUUUAUGUGCAAACUGAGAGCAUUUUUGAAUUGGAGUAGAUGGUGCGUAGCUCAUGGAAGUGCUACAGCCGCUUUUGGAAACAAUGCUGGGAAAAGUCUGUAUGCCACAUGGCUUAUGACUGAAUAAGCAAACAUGGCAAAACUGGGCUCUUUUUAAGUGCAGAGUAUUUUAUUCAUGUGUGCUCACUCAUCCUUAUUUUAUGGUGGGAUUUAGUCUGUAUACUGAAAAUAAAGAGAUUAUAUUUUCUCCUUUCGUAAAAGUA